AGGUCGAAGAUAGCACUGUUUGACAAGAUGUGGCAGUACAUGAAGUCAGCAGAGCCGUCUCCGUUUGUGAAGAAGACAGCAGAGGGGGUGCUGAGAGUCAGGAAGUCCAAGGGGAAGUACGCGUACCUUCUGGAGUCCACCAUGAACGAGUACAUCGAGCAGAGGAAACCCUGCGACACCAUGAAGGUGGGAGGGAACCUGGACUCUAAAGGAUACGGCAUCGCCACACCAAAAGGAUCCCCAUUAAGAAAUGCAGUGAACCUGGCCGUGUUAAAACUGAAUGAGCAGGGCCUGUUGGACAAACUGAAAAAUAAAUGGUGGUACGACAAGGGAGAGUGUGGCAGCGGAGGAGGAGAAAGCAAGGAGAAGACCAGUGCUCUGAGCCUCAGCAACGUAGCAGGUGUGUUCUAUAUCCUGGUUGGAGGGCUGGGUCUGGCCAUGCUGGUGGCCCUGGUGGAGUUCUGCUACAAGUCCCGGGCCGAGGCCAAGAGAUUGAAGGUGGCUCAGAACACACUGCACCUGGCUCAGAGCGCCCAGAACACCCUCCCCUCCUCCUCCUCCUCUCACAACUCACACAACUUUGCUACUUAUAAGGAAGGCUACAACGUGUACGGAAUGGAAAGUGUAAAAAUCUAG